AUGACAACUAACGGUAGUCAUAAUAAUGAACCUAGACCACGUUUAUGUCAUCUUCGACGAUGGCCAAAUUUUGUUGGCUAUGGUUUUAAUUUACAUUGUGAAAAAUCUCGUCCAGGUCAAUAUAUUGGCAAAGUUGAUCCUGACUCACCAGCUGAAUCAGCUGGCUUACGUGAAUAUGAUCGUAUAAUUGAAGUCAAUUUUGUUCCUAUUGGAAAUGAAAAUCAUAAACAAGUUGUAUCACGAAUAAAAGAAGGUGUUACAAGAAAUGGAACAAAAUAUGCUGAUGAAGUUAUUUUACUUGUACUUGAUCCUGAUGCUGAUGUCUAUUUUAAGAAUAAAUCUGUUAUUGUUCGAAGUUCAGAUCCAAAUGUUUUAAAACUUGAAGCUGAAAAUAGAGAUGGACUAGCAGAAAAUGGAAAUCAGUCACCUCAUUCAUCUAAUAAAAGUAUUGGUAAGACAGAUUCACCUAUCAUUCAAGAAACAUCACCAAGAACAAUACACAAUGAACCCAAUCGAGAGUAUAAACAUGUCACUGAUUUUACCGGUCCGACAGUUACACAUACAACUAAGACUGACAGUUCACCGGCAACAUCAAGAGCGUCCGAUCAAGAUUAUGAUCAUACCCACGAUCAUGAAAAUUAUUUUCAACCCUCUUCACCUUCUCUAGACAAAGAAAAACAUAAAGAUUUUAUUCCCGCUGCUGAUUCAUCACCGAAAUCUCUCACGAAAAAUGAUUAUCACGUAAAACCUGUGGACAGUGAUGGUUCUCAAACUAGUCCACCUCAAUCAUCGUCAGCUAAUGGGCAAGGAACACCACUUGAACUUAAAAUGUCAGCUGCUGAAUUUCGAGAGCAGUUAAAAGCGAAAAAUGCUCGUAAGCGUGACCCACGUCAAGAUCAAAUGUCUAUGAAACAAAAACAUGACUUAAUUGAUCGCUUGUAA